AUGUACGGUGUGUGCGGCUGCUGCGGCGCCCUGCGCCCCCGGUACAAACGGCUGGUUGACAACAUCUUCCCCGAGGAUCCCGAGGAUGGCCUGGUGAAGACCAACAUGGAGAAGCUGACCUUCUACGCCCUCUCGGCUCCGGAAAAGCUGGACCGGAUCGGCGCCUACCUCUCGGAGCGGCUCAUCCGGGACGUGGGUCGUCAUCGAUACGGGUACGUGUGCAUCGCCAUGGAGGCGCUGGACCAGCUGCUCAUGGCCUGCCACUGCCAGAGCAUCAACCUUUUCGUGGAGAGUUUCCUCAAGAUGGUGGCCAAGCUGCUGGAGUCAGAGAAGCCCAACCUGCAGAUCCUGGGCACCAACUCGUUCGUGAAGUUUGCCAACAUCGAGGAGGACACCCCGUCCUAUCACCGGAGCUAUGACUUCUUUGUGUCCCGCUUCAGUGAAAUGUGCCACUCCAGCCACGAUGACCUGGAAAUCAAGACCAAGAUCCGGAUGUCCGGCAUCAAAGGGCUGCAAGGGGUGGUGAGGAAGACGGUGAACGAUGAGCUGCAGGCCAACAUCUGGGACCCACAGCACAUGGACAAGAUUGUCCCGUCGCUGCUCUUCAACCUGCAGCACAUCGAAGAGGCCGAGAGCCGGUCCCCCUCGCCCCUCCAAGCGCCAGAGAAGGAAAAGGAGAACCCGGCAGAGCUGGCCGAGAGGUGCCUUCGGGAACUGCUGGGCCGGGCUGCCUUUGGCAACAUAAAAAACGCCAUCAAGCCUGUUCUCAUCCACCUGGAUAACCAUUCUCUGUGGGAACCCAAGGUGUUCGCCAUCCGCUGCUUUAAGAUCAUCAUGUAUUCCAUUCAGCCGCAGCACUCCCACCUGGUUAUCCAGCAGCUCCUGGGCCACCUGGAUGCCAACAGCCGCAGCGCGGCCACCGUGCGGGCGGGCAUCGUGGAGGUGCUGUCGGAGGCCGCCGUCAUCGCCGCCACGGGCUCCGUGGGGCCCACGGUGCUGGAGAUGUUCAACACCCUCCUGAGGCAGCUGCGGCUCAGCAUCGACUACGCCCUGACCGGGAGCUACGACGGGGCCAUCUCCCUGGGCCCCAAGAUCAUCAAGGAGCAGGAGGAGCGCAUGUUCCAGGAGGCCGUCAUCAAGACCACAGGCUCCUUUGCCAGCACGCUGCCCACGUAUCAGCGCUCGGAGGUGAUCCUCUUCAUCAUGAGCAAGGUCCCGCUGCCCUCUCUGCAUCACCCCGUGGAGAUGGGGAGGACCGGGGAGAACCGGAACCGGCUGACCCAGAUCAUGCUGCUGAAAUCCCUCCUUCAGGUGUCCCUAGGUUUCCAGUGCAGCAAUAUGAUGUCAGCCCUGCCCAGCAACUUUCUUGACCGCCUUCUGUCCACCGCCCUCAUGGAUGACCCAGAGAUCCGUCUCUUCGUUCUAGAGAUUCUCAUCAGUUUUAUUGAUCGUCAUGGCAACCGCCCCAAGUUCUCUUCCAUCAGUACCCUCAGUGACAUCUGUGUCCUGAAGCUGAAAGUGGAUAAGUGCUCCCGACAGGACACCGUCUUCAUGAAGAAGCACUCCCAGCAGCUCUACAGACACAUCUACCUGAGCUGUAAGGAGGAAACGAACACACAGCAGCACUACGAGGCAAUCUACGGCUUGCUGGCGCUCAUCAGCAUCGAGCUGGCCAACGAGGAGGUGGUGGUAGACCUCAUCCGCCUGGUGCUGGCUAUUCAGGACUUGGCCCAGGUCAACGAAGAGAACCUGCCCGUGUACAACCGCUGCUCCCUCUACGCACUGUGCGCAGCCUACCUGAACCUCAUCAGCCAGCUGACCACAGUGCCUGCCUUCUGCCAGCACAUCCAUGAGGUGAUAGAGACCAGGAAGAAAGAGGCUCCGUACAUGCUGCCUGAGGAUGUGUUUGUGGAGAAGCCCAGGCUGUCUCAGGAUCUUGAUGGAGUGGUGAUUGAGUUCCUCUUCCUCCAGAGCAAGAUCAGUGAAGUCCUGGGGGGCAGUGGCUACAAUUCAGACAGGCUCUCCCUGCCCUACAUCCCUCAGCUGACAGAUGAGGAUCGCUUGUCCAAGAGGAAGAGCAUUGGAGAAACCAUUUCCCUGCAGGUGGAGGUGGAAUCUAGGAACAGCCCCGAGAGGGAGGAGCGAGUACCAGCAGAAGAGAUCACCUAUGAGACGCUAAAGAAGGCCAUUGUGGACAGUGUGGCGGUGGAGGAGCAGGAGCGCGAACGGAGGCGGCAGGUGGUGGAGAAGUUCCAGAAGGCGCCCUUCGAGGAGAUCGCAGCCCACUGUGGCGCCCGGGCGUCCCUGCUGCAGAGCAAACUCAACCAGAUCUUCGAAAUCACCAUCCGGCCCCCGCCCAGCCCGUCAGGAACCAUCACUGCAGCCUACGGCCAGCCUCAGAACCACUCCAUCCCCGUCUACGAGAUGAAGUUUCCAGACCUGUGUGUGUACUGA